GACUACACUAUUAAACCAUUGCUUCCUCUUUUCCAGGUAUCGAGUUCAAGCUGCUUUGAACCAGGAAGUAACCAUCCUGACAGCGGACUGUUCACACUGCUGCGAUACUCACAAUGAGCGAGUCAACAGAGGUGCGGACAGACGGCAAUUCUUUACUGAAGGCUGUCUACUUGAGCCGUUUGCGUCUGACUCGGUUACUUCUGGAGGGAGGGGCCUAUAUAAAUGAAAGUAAUGACCUUGGCGAGACCCCACUAAUGGUUGCUUGCAAGACGCACCACGCCGACACACAGAGUGUACCCAAACACAAGAUUGUUCGGUAUCUUCUGGAGAAUGGUGCUGAUCCAAACAUCCAGGACAAGACAGGGAAAACGGCUUUGAUGCACGCCUGUCUUGAACAGGCUGGAGCUGAAAUUCUGUCACUCCUGCUGAACAGUGGUGCUGAUCCAACUCUGGAGGAUCAUCGAGGCUUAUCAGCACUGGUUUAUGCUGUCAAUUCAGGCAAUAGGAAUGUCCUGAGUGUCCUUCUGGAUGCCUGCAAGGCAAACGGUAAGGAGGUUAUCAUAAUCACCACCAACAAACUGCCAUCUGGCCAUCAGAUGACCAAACAAUACCUCAAUGUUCCUCCACCUCCUGAGCUUGAGGAUCAACUGCAAUACGUGUCGUCAUCUUGUUCCAUGUCCCCAUAUGAGACUCAGUUGCGCACGCCUCCACAGGGGUCUUCAGCAAAUGCUUCUCCUCAACCUGGUAGUCCUCUUUUGGGUCUCAAGCAUCCCCAGAGUUCAUGCUCAAGUCCUGGCCUAGUACCAUCUCAACCAGGUUCCCCAAUCCAAAAUCCUAGCGCUUUACAAGUUCCUGGUGUGGACAAGAGGCUGAAUUUCCAGAGGCUACACUAUGAGCAGUGGCCAAAAAGUUCUUCCAUGCUCCUCCAGCAGUGCCAGUCCUCGUCUUUGACGGAGGACCAGACUGAGAUUACACCUGAGGAGGAGCUGACCCUAAAAGUCAAAAACAUUGGUUUCCAUGGAAGAACUCCCACUGUAUCACGGCACCAAAGUAUUGAUGUCAAAGAUGCAGCUGGGCUUCUGAAAGCUCUAGAGAACAUGUCUGGAAAUGGAACUAAAGGUGGAAGUGGCAGAAAGGCCCUUGGUAGAAAGAUGUCAUAUGACAGUGCUGCAAGUUCACAACAUUCCGCCUCACACCCAAACCUGCAUCAAGACGAAAGUCUCCUUUUUCCCCGUGAAUCAAACCCUGCGGGAAAAGAAUCCUCUGACUGCCUCCAACAACUGAAUGUUUCAAGUCUUCAAAAUGUGGUUCGUCGACGGAACAUUGGUAUUGACCACUACAGUUCUGACUCCCAGUUACCACAGUUACGCGGCCGGGAUAAUAGCUCUAAAAACAGCGGUGAAGCUAGAACAGGACUAGAAAAGCUCAGGCUAGUCAACAGCCGAUCCUUCACUCUGUAUGGCUCAAAAGAGUCACUGGAGAGUCCGGCGCAGAGACGGGUCGCAGUUUCACUGGAACGAAGAGGAUCAGGGGCACUUCUUCUAGAUCACAUCUCCCACACUCGACCUGGAUACCUGCCAUCUUUGAAGCCCCAUGCUCCUAUACCCAAUAUUGGGGUCAACCCCACCGGUUCAUAUCCAGUGAGUGGGUGUAUGAAGACACUAAAUGGUGGCAUGACCGGAUCAAAACCAAUUGUACCCUGUGCACCACUUUGCUCAAAGGAUCCAAAUGCCCAGAAAAUCCUGUGGAGACGCCAUUCAAUGCAAAAUGAGCAACUAACAUAUUUGGUCAACUUUGAAGAAACAUGUGGGUCACUAGAAUAAAGA